GAGAAGCUGAAGUGUAGUUGAGCUGUUGAGUGUUUGUGUCUCUGUAUUCAUUCAGUAAAAUGGCAGGAGCCAGAGUUUCCCAGGAUGAGUUAUUGUGUCCACUGUGUCUGGAUCUCCUGAAGGAUCCAGUGGCUAUUCCCUGUGGACACAGUUACUGUAAGAUCUGUAUUACAGACUGCUGGGAUCAGGAGGAUCAGAAGAGAGUCUACAGCUGUCCUCAGUGCAGACAGACCUUCAGUCCAAGACCUGCUUUAUCUAGAAACACCAUGCUGGCUGAAGUGGUGGAGAAACUGAAGAAGACCAGACUCUCUGAUGACUGUUACGCUGGAGCUGGAGAUGUGCAGUGUGACGUCUGUACUGGAAGAAAAUACAGAGCCGUCAAGUCCUGUCUGAUGUGUCUGAACUCUUACUGUCAGAAUCACCUCCAACAACAUGAGAGUUGGUUUAAAGGAAAGAAACACAAUCUGACUGAUGCCACUGGACGACUGCAGGAGAUGAUCUGCCAGAAACAUGAGAAGAUCCUCGAAGUUUUCUGUCACACUGACCAGAAAUGUAUAUGUGUGCUUUGUACGAUUAAUGAACAUAAAAACCACGACAUUGUUUCAGCUGCAGACCGGAGGACAGAGAAACAGAAGCAGCUGAAGGAGACACAGAAGACGCUCCAGCAGAGAAUCCAGCAGAGAGAGAAAGAUCUCCAGCAGCUGAGAGAGACUGUGGAGUCUCAUAAGCGCUCUGCACAGACAGCAGUGGAGGACAGUGAGAGGAUCUUUACUGAGCUCAUCCGCUCCAUUGAGAGAAGCCGCUCUGAGCUGAUACGACUGAUCAGAGAUCAGGAAAAGACUGCAGUGAGUCGAGCUGAAGAACGACUGGAGCGACUGGAGCAGGAGAUCAAUGAUCUGAGGAGGAGAGACGCUGAGCUGGAGCAGCUUUCACACACACAGGAUCACAUCCAGUUCCAGCAGAGUUUGCAGUGUCUCUCAGCUCCUCCUGAAUCUACAGAUGUAAAUGACACUCCCUUCAGUUCUCUCGUCUCUUUUGAUGAUCUGAGAGAAUCUGUCCAUCAGCUGAGAGACAAACUGGAGGAUUUCUGCAAAGAGGAGCUCAAGAAGAUCUCAGACAGAGCCAUAUUCACCAACAUUGUUCCCAGAACCAGGGACGACUUCCUACAAUAUUCCCAUCAGCUCACUCUGGAUCUGAACACAGUGAAUAAACGACUCCGUCUGUCUGAGAACAACAGAGUUAUUACUAACACUGGCACAGAUCAGUGGUAUCCUGAUCAUGCAGACAGAUUUGAUCAGUGGUCACAGGUGUUGUGUAGAGAGAGUGUGUGUGGACGCUGUUACUGGGAGAUUGAGUGGAGUGGAGAUGUUUAUAUAUCAGUGUCAUAUAAGAGCAUCAGCAGGAAGGGAUAUGGUAAUGCGUGUUUGUUUGGAUAUAAUGAUCAGUCCUGCAGUUUGUUCUGCUCUCCCUCCAGUUACUUAUUUAUGUACAAUAACAUAAAGACUGAUGUCUCUGUGAAGUCCAUCAGCAGUAGAAUAGGAGUGUUUGUGGAUCACAGAGCAGGAACUCUGUCCUUCUACAGCGUCUCUGACACAAUGAGCCUCAUCCACACAGUCCAGACCACAUUCACUCAGCCACUUUAUCCUGGGUUUUGGGUUUGUAUUGGAUCAUCAGUGAAACUGUGUUGAUGAAUCAGAAUAGACUGACAAGAUACCACCCAUAAUGCUUUGAGCUGAAUGAUGAAUCAGUAACAGUGAGAUGUUAUAGAGUCUCUUCUCUUUUCUUUUCAUGAUAUUAAUAGUACAGCUGAACUUCAAGUCAAGUCACCAUUAUUUAUAUAGCACCAUAAACAAAAAAGAUUGUGUCAAAGCUACCGAACAACAUUAAUUAGGAAAACAGUGUGUCAAUGUGUGUCAGUGAAAUAACAUGUCAGAAUAAAUGUGUAAUAAAUCUUCAUAUCCGCCUUUAACUUCAACGUCUGUAGAAACUAAUAUAAUAACUACACAUGAUGUAAUAAAUAUUACAUUAUUAUUGUAAUAAAAUGUUCAUAAUGUAAUCAUUUUCUCAAAACUUAAAAAUCUUCAGUGCAUGUAAUAAAAAAAAAAUCAUGCGAGGAGACAGAGGGAAAUUCUUGAAGCAGUCUAAGCACAUAUAGAAGAGGGGAUAGACUAACAAUACUGGAAGCUAGACAUGGAAAGACACAGGACUUAAGUAAUGGGAAUAAUCAAGGAAAUAAAUGGGAACCAGCUGAAACAAAUGAACAAAACCGACAUGAGGGAGAAAUUAGGUAAUGGGGAGAACAUGGGGAGAAAAACACAAGACAUGGGAACACAUGGACUGGAGCCCUCUCUGGGCUAAAUUCAAGGACUGGAGUGGACAUUGGAGUGGACUCAGGGGCUGGAGUCAAUGGGUAGGUAGUAAUUUGCCAUGAUCUAGAAAAGAGAGUUCAGCAUGGCAUCGUCCAUCGCUGUCUUCACCGCAAGCCUGCAAAAUUCCCAGGCAUACUCAACGAACAGGAGAUCCCUCCAGGCUAGGGUGGCAAAUCAUGUGGCAGUUUCCAUAACCAUGAGGGAGAAACCGAAAACAUGAAAUCAUGAAUACACUGUGGCAACUUGUAACGUAAUCACAGUUCAUAAGGUAAUACCAGCACGUAAAUAAUACAUUUGAGCCCAAAACGUAAAAAUUAAAAAAAUUAGGAAAUUAGGCUUAUU